AUGUUUAACUCGGUCAACCUGGGCAACUUCUGCUCGCCGUCGCGCAAGGAGAGGGGCGCUGACUUCGGCGAGCGAGGGAGCUGCGCCUCCAACCUCUAUCUGCCCAGUUGCACUUACUACGUGCCCGAGUUCUCCACGGUCUCCUCCUUCCUGCCCCAGGCCCCCUCUCGUCAGAUCUCCUACCCCUACUCAGCCCAAGUGCCCCCGGUCCGGGAGGUCUCCUACGGCCUGGAGCCCUCCGGCAAGUGGCACCACCGGAACAGCUACUCUUCCUGCUAUGCGGCGGCCGACGAGCUCAUGCACCGGGAGUGCCUGCCUCCUUCCACGGUCACCGAGAUCCUCAUGAAAAACGAAGGCUCCUACGGCGGCCACCACCACCCCAGCGCCCCGCACGCAGCCCCCGCCGGCUUCUACUCCUCAGUCAACAAGAACAGCGUCCUGCCUCAAGCCUUCGACCGUUUCUUCGACAACGCCUACUGCGGUGGCAGCGACGCGCCUGCCGAGCCCCCCUGCCCGGGCAAGGGCGAGGCCAAGGGGGAGCCUGAGGCGACCCCAGCCGCGGGACUGGCGUCCCGGGCUGAGGCGGGGGCCGAGGCCGAGGCCGAGGAGGAAAACACGAAUCCCAGCUCGUCCGGUUCAGCCCACUCCGCGGCCAAGGAGCCGGCCAAGGGAGCCGCCCCCAACGCCCCCCGCACCCGCAAGAAGCGCUGCCCUUAUUCGAAAUUCCAGAUCCGGGAGCUGGAGCGGGAGUUUUUCUUCAACGUGUACAUCAACAAAGAGAAGCGGCUGCAGCUGUCCCGGAUGCUGAACCUGACGGACCGACAAGUGAAAAUUUGGUUUCAGAACAGAAGGAUGAAAGAAAAAAAACUAAGCAGAGACCGGCUGCAGUAUUUCUCGGGAAAUCCUCUGCUGUAA